CUCACGCCGUGGGCCGCAUGGCGUUGCUGCUCCGCGGCGAGGCGGCUGCCAAGUUCCCCGCAGCCGCCUCAUUCAUGCCAGCCGCACUGUCCAUUAACGAGCUCAUAGCUCACCUAGACGCGCUGGCCUGCGUGGGCGCCGCCUUGGGCGCGGAGGAGCGCGUGCGGCCCGCCGCUGCGGCGCUUCUGAGCGGCCCCGCGGUGCGGGAGCUGCUGGGUGUGGGCAAGGUGUACGUGACGACGGUGAUAGCGGCGGGGGCACUAACUAGGGACCUCAGCAUCGAGGCUGUGAUCCCGCAGUCGCUGCGGCAGGGAUACAUGGCGGCGGUGCUGACGCCGCUGGAAACGGGUGCGCUGCUGAACGAGCGGCGCGCCCCCCAGGUGCUGGCCUACCGCAACAGCAUCACCGAGAGCUCCUACUACCAGGUUAUGGAUGCGGAUGCGCUGCCGUACGGCGUCAACAUUAGGUUUGAGGACGAGCAGGAGGCUGAGGGCAUGGGGGUGGUGCGUGAGUGGCUGUCACAGAUAGCCGCCGACAUCUUCUCAACGGAACGCGGCCUCUUCGUCCGCGGCGCUGCGGACCGACGUGUCGUACAUCCGUCGCCUCAGAGCGCCGCUCAGGAGGACUACCUGGGCUACAUGCGCUUUGCGGGGCGCAUCGUGGGUCUGGCGCUGCGCGCCAAUGUUCCCCUGGGUGUGGUGCUGAGCACCGGCCUCUUCAAGUACCUCACCGGCCGGAGAGCGAACCUGCAAGACCUGCAGCAGAUUGACCCGCAGCUCUACACGACCUGCCAGAACAUCCUUUCCACUCCUGGAGCCGAGUCCCUGGAGCUCUUCCACGUGUGGCACCGACACGGCGGACCCAUGGGUCAGUCCCCCAGCGGCGGCAGCCACAGCAAGGGCGGCGAGCAGCAGCAGCAGCGCGGCGCUGAGGUGGAGG